CAUUGCUAUUGGUAUUUUACUCUGAAGAACUGAACCACCGAUAUCAAUGGAACGUUUCACUUCAGGGGCUCACGAGUUUCUAAUACCAAUGGUAUUUUACUCAUUAUUCUGCCUUGUCUUAACUGUCAAUGUUGCAGGUGCUGUCUCGAUACAAGACGACUGCCACGAGCGGCGGUGCAACAACCACGAGCCACCCGUCCGGUUCCCAUUCCGAUUACAAGACCAGCAGCCACCCCACUGUGGCUAUCCUCAUCCCGGGUUUCAACUUUCGUGCUCCGAAAACAAACAGACCCUGCUGAAGCUUCCUCGUUCGAUGAAGCUGUUGGUGAAGCGCAUCGAUUAUGAUGCUCGGUGGAUCAACUUGUACGAUCCCAGUCGUUGCCUCUGGCGACAGCUUUUGGAUCUCAAUUUAUCUACUUUUCCAUUCGUGGACGAAAUCGAACCGGCUGCAUCCUACACCUUGCUAAACUGUUCAAGCCAAGAUGAAGCUUUGUAUAAAGGAAAUAGAGUCGAUUGCUUAAGCACCUCUGCCUCUCAAAUUAUAGCUUUUCGUUCUGAUGGCUAUGCAUAUUUGGAUAACUUGUUAAAUUGCAGCAUGAUUGGCAACAUCUCGGCACCGAUUUCUCCAUACUUUUUCCGUUUUCGAUUAAAAUGGAAUAAACCAGAUUGUGGUGAUUGUGAAGCUCAAGGCAAGGGAUGUAGACUGAAGACCAAUAGCACAGAGGAUCAAACCGAGUGUUUCUAUAUCCCCAAGCACCGUAUAAGUGUACGAGAAAGGCUGAUGAUUGCUGGUAUUGUCUUAGGUUCUUUGAUUCUUGCAAUGAUUUUCAUUGCAGUCGGCUGGAGAUAUUACUCAGAAAAGAAGAAGAAAGAAGGUUUACUCAAGAUUGAAAUGUUUUUGGAAGAUUACAGAGCGUUUAAACCCUCGAGAUACUCCUUUGCUGAUGUUAAAAGGAUAACUAAUCAUUUCAAGGACAAACUUGGACAAGGAGGUUAUGGAACUGUCUUCAAAGGCAGACUUUCCACUGAUAUUUUGGUUGCUGUCAAGGUACUCAAUAACUUCAAGGGAAAUGGUGAAGAAUUCAUCAAUGAAGUGGGUUCAAUGGGAAGAAUCCACCACGUGAACGUGGCACGUCUGGUCGGGUUUUGUGCCGAUGGAUACGAUCGAGCUCUCGUUUAUGAAUACCUACCGAACGAGUCAUUAGAGAAGUUUAUAUUUGCAGCCAGGGGAAAGGAUCGAUCCCUUAGUUGGGAGAGGCUUCAUGAUAUUGCUCUCGGUGUAGCCAAAGGUAUCGAGUACCUCCAUCAAGGUUGCGAGCAACGAAUCCUCCAUUUCGACAUAAAACCUCACAAUAUCCUGUUGGAUCAUAACUUCACCCCCAAGAUAUCUGAUUUUGGCCUUGCUAAAUUGUGUUCCAAGGAUCAAAGUUCCAUCUCGAUGACAACUGCGAGAGGAACCAUGGGCUAUAUCGCACCCGAGGUACUGUCUCGCAACUUCGGAAAUGUCUCGUAUAAGUCCGAUGUUUAUAGUUUCGGAAUGCUAUUGCUGGAGAUGGUCGGAGGGAGAAAGAACAUCGAUGAUACAGUGGAGAAUACGAGUCAGGUAUACUUCCCGGAAUGGGCUUAUAAUUGUUUGGAUAAAGGAGAGGAGCUGGGGAUCAGAAUUGAAGAUGAAGAACAAACAGAGACAGCAAAGAAACUCACAAUCGUUGGACUUUGGUGCAUUCAAUGGUACCCCGUCGAUCGUCCUUCGAUGAAAGACGUGGUUCAGAUGUUAGAAGGAGACUUGCAUGUUCUUACGAUGCCGCCGAAUCCUUUCGCAUCGACAGAUCCGACGAAGAUGGGAGCCACCAUACCUAGGAAACCGGUUAAUAGAGAGCUACCUACUAUACCUGAAAUAGAAUAAGAA